AUGGUUGAAGCAGAAAAUGUAGCUGUGGUAAUCCAACCUAGUGAUAUUCCACCAAAGAAGACUGACCCAGGGGUGUUCACACUCCCAAUUUCCAUCAGAGACGUUCAAAUCGAGCACACAAUGUGCGACCUAGGGGCUUCCAUCAAUAUUAUGCCGUAUCCUAUAUACCAGAAGCUGGGAGAAGCUAAGCUUGUCAAAACCAGUAUGAUGAUACAGCUAGCAGACGGGUCUUGCAUUCACCCAGAGGGAAUUUUGGAAGAUGAAAUCGUCAAGGUCAACAAAUUCAGGUACCCCACCGACUUCUUCGUCAUGAAGAUGACAGAUCCAGGAGCGGAGGAGUCUACCGGAGUCCUUUUGGGAAGGUCGUUCCUAUCUACAACCAGCACAGUCAUCGAUGUCCGCCAUGGGACGAUGAAUCUGGGUUUUAAUGGAGAACAAAUUACAUUUGACAUUGAUAAAGCUGUAAGAAAGCCACAGGAUAGUGAGAGCAUACAAUCGGUAGAUACUAUCAGACCUUGGGAGCAAAAGUAUCUAGGAAAUGAACUCUUCAAAAAACUGACCACUGACUCCAUUGAAGACGAACAACUUAAGAAGGAAGCAACUGAAUGGUUCGAUACAACGAUGACUGGGGAAAUGGAUAAUCAAGCCAUCGAACUGGCAAUUAUGGAUUUCUGUAAGCCGCCACGACCAGCUGAGCUAAAAGAGAUCACUCAGCCGGCAAGGAUCGAAAAACCACCUGACCAAGCCGCCCCAUUGAGAAGAAUGUUGAAGGAAAGUCCUGCACCUACAAGGAAACUAUUAUCUUUACCUGCAUCGCCAGUUACCCUCAAGAGCAUGUCCAACCAAAUGUAUCAAGAACCAGUCAAACUAAAUCUGCAAGGACAGGGAGGACAAUUGAUGAAAGAACUGAGGCUGGGUCAAGAGGGGUCAAGUGGAAAAUAG